UGAACUGACAACUUCCGGUUCCACAAUGGCUGAAGUUGAAGUAGCACCGCUGCGGUCUAUGUCCGAUUUCCUUCUUGAUUCUGCAAGGUUCCAGCUACCGCAAAUUAGCGAUCAAGAAAAAUGGUCAAAUCGAGUGCUGAGUAAUUUAUUGUAUUAUCAGUCAAAUUAUUUCCUAUCAGCGCUCCUUAUAUUUCUCAUGAUAGGAAUAAUACAUCCUGUCCAAAUCUUGUUAGGCUUCACGGCACUGGCUCUCAUCUUUGGUGUGUUUGUCUACUUCACCAAUAACCAAUACAAGGCUCGUCGCUUCAAGCAUGACCACCCAGUAUUUUGCGUUGCUGCCGUCGUCGCUGCAGGAUACUUUGUGGUGUACAUGUUUGGAGCCGUCCUUGUGUUUGUCUUCGGCAUCGCUUUCCCAAUGUUGUUAAUACUGAUUCAUGCUUCACUGAGGUUGCGGAACAUCAAGAACAAGCUGGCCAAUAAGAUGGAGUACGUGGGCUUGAAGCGAACCCCGAUGGGACUGAUCCUGGAGGGACUUGGCCAGGAGCAGGAGGCGGGCUCUUAGGCUGAUUGCCUGACUGUGUCUUUGUCUCUCUGCCUCAGUGCUGCAGACCUUUGUGUAGAAGGCAUUGUGAACAUAGAAGAAAUGUUAUGAACUUUAUUGUGUAAACUUAUCUUGUCAAUACUCUGAAGGGUGUUGGAUAUUUUGAAUGUGCAAUUAUUUUGACUUGAUUUCGCUUUCUAUGACAAGGAAAGCCCUUCUCCAUUUUAGUUCAGUUCUGUCCAAAGUUGAGUCUGGUAAUUUUUCAUUCAGAUCAUGCUAAAAAUUGACUUGUCUCUAAUUGAGUCUCUAUAUUAUGGCUUAUGAAAGGUAAACAAGGUUGAUGAUGUUCUUACACUUUAAGCUGCUGUUUGCCUUUUUUUUUCUAGGUAAUUAGUUUUCUUUUAUUUGAAAUUUCAAGUUUUACUUGAUGACAGCUCUUAGGUGAAAACUUCUGAUAUGUCUAUAAACUAUAAUUUUGACAGAAUGAAAUGAGAUGACUAGUUGUAGGAAGUCCUGGUUUGAUCAUGUCUUGGCUUUCCCAAUUUUGAAUGAAUUGUUUUUUUUUGGUGCCUUAUUCCCCUAAGCUAUUUCAGAAUUCAGAAAUGUUAGCAUUUCUUGAUUUCUUGUUGAGUAAUUAAAAGUACUCAUGCUUGUAGCUGUGUGUUAAUGUAGUGUGCUGUGCACUGUUGUUCAAAUGUUAAACAGAUCCCAUCACAAACUCAUUUUGCCGUCAGUGGCACAGCCCACAUCUUUUUAAAUUUGGAGAACAAAACAGAGAGUGCAAUGGUUUUUAAUUAUCGACAUGAUGUGAUGAAGAAUAGAUUGAACAUCCCUCUUCCGAAAAUGUUUCAAAGUCUAGACAAGUUGUUGGAGGGCACAUAAUAAUAUAAUCCAGGAAUGGAAAUCUGGCCAAAAAGUCAUCUGACUGCACACAUUGGCUACGGAUUUCUUGCUUAUGAUAUAAAAUACAUUUAGUUGUAACGUAGUUUUGUUCUCUGUGUUUAGAUUUACCAUAAGGUAUAUAUGUCAUCGGCAAGCUGUUCAAAUGAUGUAAGAUGAAAAAGCAAACUUUUUUCAGAAGAGGGUAAAAAAAGCGAACUGUUUUAGUUCUUUUCCAACUGGUUCCAGUGUUAGAAUCUAUGUAUCUUUCUUUGCUUUAUUCAACAUUUAGAAUUUGAGUUACGACAAAGAAUUCCAUGAGUAUGCAACCAAUAGCAUGGAUUAAACACUGCGAUAAAUUCUUUUGUCAAAUUUUAGGACUUGAUACAUCAGAACAGCUGACUAACGAUAUGUGUGCAAAGUGUUUAUGAAAAGUAAAUAAAUUUUCUCCUCAAUUUAAAUCUGGUCUCAAGGUGUGCCAUACACAUGACAUGGAAAA